GGUGGAGGCAUCGCUCCCUUCCAUCCGAGAGCGAGCGAGGGAGGGAGGGAGCGAGCAGCCUCCGCCGCCGCCGCUGCUGCCGCCGCUGCCGCAGCUCCAUCCUCGCUCGGGAGCGCGGAUGGUGAGAGGGGCGGCUCGCCAGCCCCGCACCGGCCCGGCCUCCAGCCCUCUGUCACUGCCUUCUCUCUCUCCCUGCCCCCGCUCCAGAACCACAGGCCUGGCAGAGAAGCCCCAUCGCAGACGCAAAAGCAGGACUGAGUUUGCCCUGAAAGAAGCCAUGUCGACAGGCGGCAUGGAGGAUGACAUCCCUCAGGGAGAGAGGAAAACUGUCACGGACUUCUGUUAUCUGCUGGAUAAAUCCAAACAGCUCUUCAAUGGCUUAAGAGACUUGCCUCAGUAUGGGCAGAAGCAGUGGCAAUCGUAUUUUGGGCGGACCUUUGAUGUUUACACCAAGCUCUGGAAGUUCCAGCAGCAGCACCGGCAAGUUCUGGACAAUCGGUACGGAUUAAAGCGCUGGCAAAUUGGCGAAAUCGCUUCCAAGAUUGGGCAGCUUUACUACCACUACUACCUUCGCACGUCUGAAACCAGCUACCUGAAUGAAGCCUUUUCCUUCUACUCUGCUAUCCGCCAGAGGUCUUACUACUCGCAAGUCAACAAAGAAGACAGGCCUGAACUGGUAGUUAAGAAGCUGCGUUAUUAUGCACGAUUCAUUGUGGUUUGCCUUUUACUGAACAAAAUGGAUGUCGUCAAGGAUCUUGUAAAGGAAUUGUCAGAUGAGAUUGAAGACUACACCCACCGCUUCAACACAGAAGACCAAGUGGAGUGGAAUCUGGUUCUCCAAGAGGUGGCUGCAUUUGUCGAGGCAGACCCUGUGAUGGUGUUGAAUGAUGACAACACCCUUGUGAUCCUCUCCAACCGCCUCUCUGAAACGGGAGCCCCUCUGCUGGAGCAGGGGAUGAUCGUAGGGCAGCUGACUCUCGCAGAUGCGCUUAUUAUUGGCAACUGCAACAAUCAGGUGAAGUUCAGCGAGCUGACAAUCGACAUGUUCCGGAUGCUGCAAGCUCUGGAGAGGGAACCUAUGAACUUGGCAUCACAAAUGAGCAAGCCAGGGCUGCAGGAGACAACGGAAAAGCCAGCAAGAAGGGAAAACCCUCACAAGUACUUGCUGUACAAGCCAACCUUCAGUCAGCUGUACACCUUCUUGGCUGCGUCGUUUAAGGAGCUGCCUGCAAAUAGUGUCCUGCUCAUCUACCUGUCAGCCACUGGCGUGUUUCCUUCAGGUCGUUCGGAUAGUGAAGGUCCCUAUGAUUUUGGGGGUGUCCUGACAAACAGCAACCGGGACAUCAUAAAUGGGGAUGGCAUCCACAAGCGGAACCAGUCGUACAAAGAGAUGCACUGUCUACACCCUGGUGAUCUCUAUCCUUUCACGAGGAAGCCUCUGUUUAUCAUAGUGGACUCCUCUAACAGCGUUGCCUACAAGAAUUUCACAAACUUAUUCGGACAACCACUGGUGUGCCUACUUUCACCAACAGCAUAUCCAAAAGCGUUGCAAGAUCAGUCUCAGCGAGGCAGCCUCUUCACCUUCUUCCUGAACAAUCCUUUAAUGGCAUUCCUAUUUGUCUCUGGAUUAUCAAGCAUGCGCAAAGGAUUGUGGGACAAGUGUCAUGAUUACCUUCGCAAAAUCAACCGGGAUAUUGCACAAUUGCUGACUCAUUCCCGUUCCAUAGAUCAGGCCUUUCUCCAGUUUUUUGGAGAUGAAUUCCUUCGCUUACUUCUAACAAGAUUCAUCUUUUGCUCAGCUACCAUGAGGAUGCACAAAAUCUUCCGGCAGGAAACUAGAAAUUAUCCAGAAUCCUACCCCCAGUUGCCAAGGGACGAAACUGUGGAGAAUCCACACCUCCAAAAGCAUAUUUUGGAGCUGGCUUCCAUGCUGGAUGUUCGAAAUGUGUUCCUGGAAACCACGCUUGAUGAUUAUUAAAAUGGAAAUACACAUUCUGGCUUUCUUACUGCAAUGGGGUGUUUCCCAGCCACAGAUUUUUGAAAUGGUGCAGUUUUCUAAUGUGAAGAUCCACAAAAGGAAUUUACUUGAUUUUUAUUUUUAAACUUAAUGAUUAUUUUUUUAAACAAAUGGAAUGGCUGUGGGCACGGCUGUUCCAUUCUGUAUGGGGUCAAUUUUAUAAACUAAUCCCUCCUGCAUCUUUUUAAAAAAAUUAAAGACUUAAAGGAA